AGGGUCACACACAGACCAAGCAGGAGCAGGACCUCAGCAUUUUUACCUUUUAUUACAAAUGGAGGAACAUGAAGAUGUUCAAUACUGUUUUCAAGACAGAAACUCUUCUUGCAGAAAGGCUUUGGUAUGGACAUCUAUCUACAUAACACUGUACAUCUUCUUCUCAUUGAUUUCAGCAGUUACAGUAUUUUUGAACGUACUGGUGAUCAUCUCCAUCUCUCACUUCAAGCAGCUCCACACUCCAACCAACCUGCUCAUCCUCUCUCUGGCUGUGUCAGAUUUCCUGGUGGGAUUGAUUGUGAUACCAGUAACAACGGUAGCAGUAAUGGAACCAUGCUGGGGUUUUGGGGAAUAUUUCUGUGUGUUUUAUUUCUACAUCACUUGUUUAUGUGCUUCUUUAUCUCUGGGCAAUUUGGUCUUGAUAUCUAUUGACCGCUAUGUUGCUGUGUGUGAUCCCUUAUUGUACCACUCUAAAAUAACAAUAACAAGAAUUAUGUGUUGUAUAUCCAUUACCUGGUGUUGUUGUAUCAUAUAUUAUGCUGCUACUGUAAACAUUUUUGUAAAUGUACAGGUACCCAGUAGGUGUUUGAAAGAAUGUUUGAUUGUUGAAGGAGUAACCUGGGGUACUGUAAUUGAUCUUGUUAUUACAAUGGUUGUCCCGUGCUCUAUUAUUAUAACACUUUAUGUGAAAAUCUUUGUGGUGGCCAGAUCACAGGCCAGAAAGGUAUUUUCAAAAGAGGCUGCCAGUGUGUUUGGUGUUAAAACUGUACAGGCAAAUAAGUCGGAGAGAAAAGCAACAAAAACUCUAGCUAUUGUUGUUUUCACCUAUCUAAGCUGUUGGAUUCCAUUUCAUUUGUAUUUACUUUUUCUUUUAAUUGACAAUUUAUCGUCAUUCAUCAUCAGCUUUUUGCCACUUCUUAAUUCCUUAAUUAAUCCAAUAAUUUAUGCUUUCUUUUAUCCAUGGUUCAAAGUGACAGCUAAGCGUAUUUUAACUCGGGUGAAGUUAAGGCGUUCAUAGUUCCUAUGUUUUUAUUCAUAAGUUUGACAAACACAGGUUAGAUAUAGUCAUGUUAUACUGUUAUGUUGUAAUUCAUGUAACAAUACGCUGACAUUACUUAUCUCUGUGUUGUCAUAAUAGAUACAUGUGAUGUUGAUACAGAAUGAUUUGACUGGUUUGGAAAGGAAUGACUUAGAGAAGGCAUAAGAAGGCAUUAACUUGUUUUGUUAAAGACAUUGUAAUAAAUUUGGGGUGUAUAUUCCAAAUGCCAAAGUC